AUGCCCCGCGACCUUGUAGCCCAGCAGGACAUGGUCCCUGCCGUCAGAGAUCCAAUUGUGGUGGUGGGCUGGCCGGCAGACUUCGGCAACAUCUUGUUGCUGUUGGAUUCGCAAGUUCCAGAGGGCACAAAGGUCUUUGUCCUCUCCGAGCGCCCCGAACCCAAGAGAACAGCGGCGCUUACAGGACACCGCAAGCUCUUGAAUCUGGAGAUUGAGCAUCGAUGCGGGCCGAGAACGUCUGUAAGAUGCCUUCGCGAAUUGCCUUUGCAAGAGGCAGCGGCAAUUCUAAUUCUGGCUGAGAUGCAGGGCGUCACAUCUGAUGACCCAGGGGAGGUGCCAGAGGAUGACGAUGUUGGCGACGACACGUUGACCAGCGAUUCCGUUUGUUUGGCUGCGUUGCUGGUUGUUGCUGACAUCCUUGAAGAAACCGAUGAUGCACUCAAGAGAGGGCAUUCGGAGGCUUACCAUUUGUGCCAAGCGGUGACGGCGAACACGGAGGUCCUGUCCUCCACCGGCAAGAAGACCAAGAUCAUUUGUGAGGUGGUGGACCCCCGUACAGAGCAAGCAGUGGCACGCAACAAGCAGCUUCAAGACACCGCCUUCUUUUUCAGGAGCAAGGCCCUGGAAACCGGGAUCUUUACAAUGGCUAUGUCCGAACCGGCAGUGUUCAAUACACUCAUGGUUUUGAUGUCGCCAAGCUGCCCAUCUCUCAAGGCUGUGCCUGUCGAGCAGGUCCUGGACAAGGGACUUGGCAUGGGAGGCAGAAGCCCUGGAAUCUUAGCUCGAGCAAAUUGGCGGGAGCUUAACGCUGCAGUCAGAAUGUCAGGUGGACUGCUGGUUGGCUGGCAUCAGCGCACCCAGGGUCUGAAAUUUCAAUUGACACCGUCGUGCGGCAAGGACGAGCCCAUGGUUUGGCAUUCUGGAGACCUGCUGCUAGUGAUCCUGCAACCAGACUUUAAGUGA